AUGGCUCGUCUUCUCCAGUCCUUCCGUCGCAUCUUAGGCAUCACUGCAAACUCUCCGGCCCCGAGCUCGUUUUCUCGAUCCAUUGAUACCGACUUCACUAUUUUUCGAGAAGGCGACAGGGCUAUUAUUCAAGGACGCGUCCCCUAUCUUACGAAACCGCUUCAACACGGAAAGCGCACCGACGUUGCGCGUGGCUAUCUCAAUCACAGCGAUAUCAUAGGCAAACGGGCAAGAGACCCUAUCCAGGCAGAGAAAGGAAAGGAACACCGACUGAGCUUUCCGACGUUGGAUGAAUAUGUUGUUUUUACCCCGAGACUCGUCACGCCGAUAUACGGAGCAGAUGCCAGCUUGAUUGUAUCAUUGCUUGAUAUCCACGUGGUCCCUCCCACGGAAGGCCAGGGAGACACAGAAACAGAGCCCCUGGAAAUUCUAGAGGCAGGCACUGGCCAUGGUUCUCUCACUCUACACCUAGCGCGAGCAAUUCAGGCUGCGAAUACGAACCCACCACCUAUACCACAAGCAUCGCAAGUCCGCAUACUCGAAGAACGCCCAUCAUACAAAGCAGAAGAUGGGAAGCAGCAGCAAGAAGAAAAACCAAUUAGCGAAAAAGACGAUGUUUUCGUUGCUCAGAAAACCUGGGAUGAAUGGCGCGCUCAGCGAAGAGCCGUCAUCCAUACCGUCGACGUCUCGGCGAAGUUCUCGGCACACGCAGAACAGACAGUCCGUGGGUUUCGACGAGGCAUAUAUGCCGGCAACAUAGAUUUCCACGUUGGCGCAGUCGAGAAUUGGAUCAAGGAUCAGGUGCAGCGUCGGAGCGCCACUGCGUCGGGGAUUUUCAGCAGGCGACAGAACACCGUCCAGCCCUUUUUGUCUUAUGCGAUCCUGGACAUGCCCUCUGCACAUCUAAGAAUACCGCAUGUAGCGCCCGUCCUGCGCCGGGACGGUCUGUUAGCCGUGUUCAUGCCGAGCAUAACUCAGAUUGGCGACUGCGUGCAGCUCAUUCAGAAGGAACAGCUCCCAUUCGUUAUGGAGAGAGUUGUCGAACUAGGCAUGGGACUAAGCAGUGGUCGUCUGUGGGACGUUCGCUUGGCUGUCAAAAAGAGUCGCGCAGACCCAAAUACAUGGACAACGGAGGGUCGCAGUAGCGAAGACGACACUGAAGCGCAACAAACACAAACCGGAAAGGAGGAAACAGAUUCCGAGUCGGCAAUCACUCCCACGCCUGUCGAGGAGGACAAUGUGCUGGUGUGCAGACCAAAAGUUGGGUCCAGGAUUGUAGGAGGUGGAUUUGUUGGAAUAUGGCGGAGAAUUGAAGAUUCGCCAAAGAAAAGAAAUUAA